AUGGCACUGCGGGACGACCACGACUUCCUCAGUGAAAAUGAGCGCCAGUUCCUGGCAAACUGUCUGCGCGUAUCACCGCACUUGCGCGCCGACGGACGCGAUCUGCUGCAGCAGCGCAAAAUCCGCGUGCAGUUCCGCCGCAGUGAGAGCGAGAGCCAAGCUGAAGUGCAACUGGGUCGCACUCGUGUAAUUGGAAACGUGCAUGGUGAGAUUGUGCCGCCUUUCCCGGACCGGCCGACUGAAGGUUUCCUUCACUUUGCCGUGGAGCUGUCGCCAAUGGCGUCACCCAGUUUUGAGGCAUCUGCAUCUGCAAGUCGAGGCGCUGCUUCGUCAGUUGCAGCAGCAGAGCUGGCGCGACUUGUGGAGCGUGGUUUACGUGAGAGUCGUGCCCUGGACACGGAAGCGUUGGCUGUGGUGGCAGGUGAGAAGGUUUGGGCGAUCACGUGUCACGUUCACGUGGUGGACCACGGCGGAAAUAUCGUGGAUGCUGCCUCACUGGCUGCCAUUGCUUCUCUCAUGCACUACCGCCGGCCAGAAGUAGCAGUGAAGGAGGGUACGACUGGAAAUGGAGGGGUCACCGUUUACAGCGUCGACGAACACUCUGCAGUCCCGCUGAGUCUUCACCACAUUCCAAUUUCCAUCUCAUUCUGCUUCCUGCAGGCAGCUGGUAGGAUGCAGUGCUCUAGUGACAACGAUGAUGGUGUCGAUACUGACGAGGAUGGCGAACCCAUCAUCUUCAUGGACCCGACGGACAGAGAGGAGCGCAUUACGGACGCACGCAUGAGUUUUACCUUUAACUCGUUCCGCGAGCUUUGCGCUGUGCACAAGAUUGGCGGGACAGCUAUAUCUCAGGCGACUGUACUGCGAUGCGCAAAUGUGGCAGCAGCGCGCGUUGUUGAGCUGACUACAUUCCUCAAGGAGGAGGAAGAGAAAGCGGACAAGGAGGCUGUACAACGCCGCCGAUCGCUGCUUCGUGGUCGCGCAUUCGCUGACAUUUCAUCAGCUCUUGACGAAGCAACUGCUAAGAGUACCGUCGAGCACGUUGAUUUGGGCGCGAUGACAGACUUCUCGACGUUGCAUGCACCGAUCGCACUGCGCGACGACCCAACAAACGAGGAAACUGCACAGCAGGUGACGUCUAUGGCGGAAUUGCUAGAAUCGCUCGAGACUGCAGCUGAUCUCACAGAGGAAGAGCCUAAGGCAACUGCUGCUGGUCUUGCGAUGACCGACGAAGCUCGGAAUGAAUUCCGACAACUGGCAAACAGCGAAACAGUGCGUGAUUUGAUCCACAGUAGCAAACAGGAGCAGCCAAAGCGUGUCCAGCUUGUGAAGAAAAAGCGUGUGAUGGGCAGUGACAGCGAUAGUGAAGAGGAGGGCGGUGAGCUUCAGAGUGAGUUUGGCGCGGUCUCAAACCCUGCAAAGGCAAAGCCGAGCUCAACGCCAUUGAAAAAGACUUCAGCCAAGAAAGGAAGAAAGAAGAAGGUGGCGUCGAGCUCAGAUGAAGACGAAUUGGAUCUAAGCGCCGCCAUCAAGCGCAAGUGAUUUGACAGGAUAAAACUACAGUUUAGAAAAACUAAUAGGACAGAGGUGCGUUUCGCCAUGCACAUUCAUCGUUUCCAGUACCGACCGUUUCGAAGCGUCGCUAACGAUUGAGACCUAAUGCUGUCGGCGUCUGCGCUCGAUCGACACGGUCAGUGAGAGGCGAGGAAUGCAGAAACGUGUCAAAGUGUGCGUCCGGGUUCGGCCAACCACUAGCAAAGAUUUUGAUACUACUAACUCC